UCAUCCCAAGAUGAGAGCGAAAAGGAGUAUACUUGGCAAAUGGAGAAAUAAUUUUCUAUGGACAAGUGAGAUCAAAAUUGGGUCCCCAUUGGGCAGAUUCAGUUCCAACCAAAGUUCAUGCUAGUUGUUGCAACUUCUGGGACUGGGUUUGUUCUUGGAAGUGGCGCUGCUGUAGACUUAUCGGGACUUUGUUACACAUGUGCUGGUACCAUGAUGGUUGCAGCGUCUGCCAGUUCCUUAAAUCAGGUGUUUGAGAAGAAUAAUGAUGCAAAAAUGAAGAGAACGAUGCAAAGGCCACUACCUUCAGGGCGUAUUACAAUACCUCAUGCAGUCUUUUGGGCAUCCUCCGUGGGCUUAGUUGGCACUGCAUUAUUGGCAAGCAAGACUAAUGCAUUGGCAGCUGGUCUUGCCGCUUCUAAUUUGAUCCUCUAUGCAUUUGUGUACACCCCACUAAAACAGAUUCACCCAGUGAAUACAUGGGUGGGGGCUGUUGUUGGUGCUAUCCCACCACUUCUAGGGUGGGCUGCUGCUUCAGGCCAGGUCUCACUUAACUCAAUGCUUCUUCCAGCCGCUCUCUACUUUUGGCAGAUACCGCAUUUUAUGGCCCUUGCAUACUUGUGCCGCAAUGACUAUGCUGCCGGAGGGUUUAGGAUGUUCUCUCUUACUGAUGCUUCUGGUCAAAGAACUGCCGCUGUGGCUUUAAGGAACUGCAUCUAUCUGAUCCCCUUGGGGUAUUUGGCCUAUGAUUGGGGCGUGACUUCCAAAUGGUUUUGCCUUGAAUCCACACUCCUCACUCUCGCCAUAAGCGCAACAGCAUUCUCAUUUUAUCGAGACCGUACCAUGCACAAAGCAAGAAAGAUGUUUCAUGCCAGUCUUCUAUAUCUUCCCGUAUUCAUGUCGGGAAUUCUUUUCCACCGUCUCUCUGACAACGACCAACAUUGCACCACAGACAGCGAGUUAGAUACCACCGCAGAACUCGCAUCCUCCUUCCAGGGAAAUAGGGAUGCUGAUCGGAAAAAGAACAGGGGCACACAUGGGCGGCCACCAGUCGCAUAUGCCUCCGUCGCACCAUUUCCUUUUCUCCCUGCUCCGUCGUACGCUCCUUCCUGACAAGUUGGUGCCUCUUAGGUUUUCUUCUACAUCACUGGACACUGUGAACAUAAUGCAAGGUCAAAAGGGGUUGUGCCACUGCCUUGUUACAUAUUUUUUUUUUCGGUUACUCUCGAUUGUUUUCGAAUAGACAUUUUUGUUUGGCGGAUUCAUCAUAAGAGAAAUGUAAUAAAUUAAUGCAUUGAUUUAUGCCUCAAGGAGGUUGUCCUUGAGCAGAAAAAAAUCUGUGAAUAUGUAUUGUUUUUUGAUCAAAGAAGAGUGCAAACUAGCCAAUUGAGGUCACUCUUCAAGAAAUUGGGUGGUGAGUAAUUGUGUACAUUUUAUUAAAGUUAGUUCUAUUGUUGUUUUGGCAUCCUAA